UGGGUUAACAGUUGAGGCUCCUUGUUGUAUGAGAGGUUACGGAGUGUUGCCCCGCCUUGUUCACAGGACACAACAGGAGGCAUAAAGUCGACCUUUGGAGCUGCACAGUAUCAGAUCAAAGCUUUAAUCCGGAUCAGGGCUUCUUCCUGGACGAGAAGUUGAGGUUAUGGAUUGGGGAACGGCACUCUGGGACCAGCCUGAUGCCAUUGAGAAGCACACACAGCUGGGUCUGGAUCUGAUUGAUCGCUACGUGAAGUUCGUAAGGGAGCGAGUGGAUAUCGAGCAGAACUACACCAAGCAACUCAAGGGUCUUUAUAAGAAAUAUUCCAGACGAGGCAGUAAAGAAGACCAGGAGAUGAAGUUCUCCAAUCAGCAGGCGUUUCAGGAACUGCUGACCGAGCUGAACGAGUGCGCCACACACCGGGAAAAUGUGGCCGAGAACAUGAACCUAAACAUCUGCGUGGAGCUCAGCAAGUACAUGCAGGACCUCAAACAGGAGAGGAAGAGUUAUCUGAAUGAUGUGAAGAAAAUCCACCAGAACCUGGAGACCUGCCACAAACAGCUCGAGAGCAGUAAGAAGCGCUUUGAAAAGGAGUGGAAAGAAGCGGAGAAAGUCAAUCAGCUAGCAGAAAAGACAGAACAAGACCCCACCUCCACCAAAGCAGAUGUAGAUAAGGUCCGGAUCAACGCUCGUCAGCGUCUGGAUGCCUCUGAUGAGUAUAAGAAUGAAUACGCUGUGCAACUGCAGAAAUACAACAAGGAGCAGGACCGAGUUUAUCACACAGAGAUUCCUACAAUACUCAAUAAGAUGCAGCAGAUGGAGGAGACGAGAAUCAAAACGCUGGCACAAAGUUACAGCUUGUUGGCUGACAUGGAGAAAAAAAUUCUGCCUUCAAUCAGCCAGUGUCUGGAGAAGAUCAGCACACACAGCAGCAACACGUUGGAGAAACAGGACUCACAAAUGGUCAUAGAGCAGUAUAAAUCAGGUCUUGCGCCCCCUGCUGAUGUGGAGUUUGAAGAUUACAGUCAAGGAAUCAAACCUGCAGUUGUGGAGACGCACCCACACCACACGCCAAAAGUCCGCAUCAAACAGCUGUUUAAAAAGAACAAGCAAGGGGGCGCUGUCGACCGAAACACGCCCCAUCAAUUAGAGGAUUUCACCCACUUGCCCUUAGACCAGAGAAAAAAACGUCUUCAGGAGAAAAUUGAUGAAGUCAGUAAGGAGCUGCAGAAAGAGACAGACCAGAGCGAGGCUCUAAAUAAGAUGAGGCGUGUGUAUGAGCAGAACAAUCAGCUUGGAGAUCCGGCCAGCCUGGAACCUCAGAUCAACGAAACCACACAGAACAUCCACCGGCUGAGGGGGGAUCUGUCCAGAUACCAGGCUUGGCUUUGUGAGGCUGGAGGUGUCUCUACAAACAACAACAACCAGAACAGCCCAUAUUAUGUCUCUACAAGUCCGCAGUUGCUGCAUCCCCCUAAACAGGCGGAAAGUCAGUUCCAGUUCCCCAGCAGCUAUGAUGAAGACUUUGAUGAAGAUGUGGCGAUUGAGCACUGUCUCGCCCUCUACGACUUUAACGGUGUGAAGUCGGGGGAAGUGAGCAUGAAGGCUGGGGAGCAUCUCAGCGUGUUGGAGGAGGACAUGGGGGACGGAUGGGUGCGUGUCAAGAAGGCAAACGGAAAUAUAGGAUACGUCCCUGCGACCUAUAUCCAGAUCAAAUGAUCCGACACACACACACACACACACACACACACACACACACACACACACACACACACACACACACUUCUCCCUCACACUGAUAUACACACACACACAUCAGGUGGUAUCAUAAAGUUUACAAGAAAAUACUUUAUUUAUCUAUGUUUCCACACGAUCAUCUUGAAAAUGGUCCUCUUACACAAUAAUACAGCGCCCCCUAGUGUUCUUCUGGAGCGUGUCCCAGCAUCUUCAGCGAUUUGCGCCAGAUCUCUGUGACGGAAUCGCAGACGUGGGAACACACGUGGGUCAGAACAGCACCAGUUAUACCGUUAGUCUUCAACCUUUUUCAUACCACCUCGUACAUGUCGCUAGAGCUACCAGUUUUAAAUUGCUAAGAGGACUGUAGUCUGUUCAAACGGAAUAUACUAUAACAUGAAAUAUCUUUAAUAAUUAAUUAAUAAAUAAAUACCUAAAUAAUGUUAACCCUCUUCUACGAUCAUUUACGCUGUAACUAAUGUGCAGCUAGAAAAUAAAAAAAAUCUUCAAGAAA